GUCCGCUUCUUUUCCCGUCUCGGACUCCUCCCAACGGUCCUCCCCACCGAGUGCCCCGCUCCGCCGCAGAAAAUAAUAUGUCAGACGAGUCCGGUGCAAUUCAGGACAACUCGAUCGACACCCAGAAACUUCAACAGCAACUUGCUCAGGACUCUCAUCUCGUCCAACAGUCGCCAGGUUCCUCAGCUGCUCCUGCAGAUCCCCCCUCCAGGAAACCCAAAGCUCCUUCGGUUCGCCGUGCUUGCGUAGCAUGUCAUACAGGGAAAACCAGAUGUAGCGAGGUUCUGCCUUGCCAGAGUUGUAUCAAACGUGGGUUGAGUGCAACUUGCAGUUAUCCUGACCCAGAGGGUGGUCCAAACAACGAUCACUCUCAUCAAAACUCUGCCAGUGCCUCAACCAGUGUUCCCAACUUUGCACCACCCAUGUACGCCGCGGCUCCCAACUUGAAUCAGCAACAUUACUUUGAUUAUAACGGCCAAUACACUGGCGCUUCCUCGUCCUCUUUCCGCCCUGCCAAACGCCCGCGUAAUUUGACCGAUGAAGAGGCCGCAGCUAUUACUCGCAACUUCAGUCGAGGUGAUUUCUUCGUCGGAAGCAGCGCUCCUGUUCGCAUUGAUCCUCGUCUGCCUGUUCGUCUCACAUUGGGUGAAGGCGACCAUGUACACUUUACCGUGGGUGAAAACCUCACCAGUAUGGUAUAACGCAAAAUGUUAGAAUUAUUUUGAUCGAUUCCUUGUUUGUUUGUUUUCUUGUCUUUUUCCUUGUAAAACUACACUCUCCGGGCUUUCGAAGUAUUUAAUGUUUCGAACGAUGUUUUAUAUGCAUGUACCUUUUCUUCCGCCGAGGCCUGAAUGUUAAUUUAUUUACACUGACAUUACACUCUGGACCUACUGAGAUCCAUC